CAACACGCGCCGCACAAUCGUUGGCCCGUGCGUUAUUGCCAUGCGAUGUCGCUGCCAAGCCCAAGACUUCGACACUACAGAACUAUGACGGCGAUCUGCUUCGUUUGCAACCUGCCGAUCCUGAGCCACCAGGUCGGCCUGGUAUGGCAGGGCGGCAACGGAUGGGACGACCUCGUCCGCGAACAAGUCGAAGAGUCCACCUUGAAGCAGCGUCUGGGUGCGGGUCGACGAGACUCGGCGGCGCAGAUCUCGCCGCCGGGCGAGCUGCAGGAGCCGUCGCCCAUAGCCCAGGGCCGUCGGCGUCGCUCCUCGCUGGCCCAGCUCACGGACAUCUUGCGCGAGCUCAGGCCCGGCGGACUGUCCAAGCAGCAGCAGGGCGGCAGCCAGCGCAGCAGCACGAAGCUGUCGAGGCGCGAGACACUGGCCGACAUCGCCAAGUCGCAGCCCUGGGCGAGGCAGACGACCACCUGCACGACGACCACCGAUGGAGGAGGCGGGGGAGGUGGAGGACUGUCGGCGGCGUUCGGUAAGAGACGCGAGAGCUCGGUGGACAGCGGCAUCAGGAGCAGCGCGGCCAGCAACAAGUCCACUACGAGGAGGGACUCGGCCUUCAGCGAUUUUAAGAACGAUCUGGCCAGGUUGUGGGGCAAGAAGGAGGACAAGUCGCAGCAGCAGCAGCCGCCCACGGUCAUAUCGCCCACGAGGAGAGGCUCCGGGGAAUCGCGCGGCAACUCCCGGCGCGACUCGGGCGAGAGCUCGAGAUCGCGCAGGGACUCGGUCUACGGCCAGACUCCCAGCCCGUCGUCGGCGGCCGCGGCGGAUUCGCAACAACAGGGUGGAGGCGGCAGCCAUCAGAGGGUCCACCGGUGCCGGCAUCACAGGCGGCGCCAGUCGCAGCAGUCGGUCGAUCUGCUCAACAAUCAGAGCAGCGUCGGUAGUGCAGCUGCCAAGUAUUAUCGCAACGACCAGCGGCCGAGCGCCUCCAGUACCGACAGUUCGGCCAGUAACGCAGUCAGAGAACAUCUCGAGGCGCAACGCAGCCAGCAGGAGCGAUCGAGCAGCUUCGACGCCAAGGCGACGACCAGCUCGCCCACCAUGGUCACGGCGACGACGAGCACGUCCGAGGUCAACAUCAGCAGCAGCAGCCACUCCGCGUGCCCGAAGCACCAUCUGAGCCUCGAGCCGCAGGUGCAGCCGCCGCAGAUCGUCACGUCGAGCGUCACGCCGCCGUCGUCGGUCUCGCCGGUCGUCGGCCUCAAAAGCCUGCCCCUGCCCGGCACCACGCCGUCCCAGGGCUCGUCGCCUCUGGCCUCGCCCAAUAUCGCCGGCACGCCGUCGCAUCCGGCCCUGAUGGCCGGGCGACGCGACUCCACGACCCAGUGCUACUACAAGAGCCCGGGCGGCGGCAAGGAGACGUCGCCGAACAAGCUGCGACUGACGCGACAGGCGACGGCCAUCGACGAGUCGCUGCCACCGCCCGGGGGGCGUAGGGGCUCGCAGCCCACUCUGUCGCCCGACCCGGACGCGGACGGCGGCAGGAAGGCGCGCCGGGACUCGCUGAGUCCGGACUCGGCCUCGUACUCGAGGCGGCGCGACUCGCGCAGCCACCUCAGUCCCGAUCGCAACGCCGGGCUGGACAAGCGCGACCUCAGCCCCUGCAGAUCGCGCAAAGGCAGACUCAGACGACAAUCGACCUCGAUGGCGGCCCGAUCGCCGAGAUCGCCCGACAGCUCGUCGUGCUCGUCGCGCGAUCCCAGCCCGUGCGGCCGGCCGCCCAGCAGCACGAAUCAGCACGCCCCGGUGAUACGCCGACAAUCGACGACCGAGGAGAUACUGAUAGCCAGGGGCUUUCGUAGGCAGAGCACCACCGAGGAGAUGAUCAGGUGUCGCAAUUUUCGCCGACAGAGUUCCCAGAGCGACGACCAGGUACUUCGGGUACAGCGCUAUCGUGGUCGCAGGGACAGCUCCGCGCAGAUAACCGACGGCACCUUCGCCUCCAUGACCGUGGAGACGUCGAGCACCUUCUUCGACACCAGCACGCAGACGGAGCCAUCCCCGCUUUACGACAACAACCACUACCACGAGGAGUGCCUAAAAUGUAACAGCUGCGGCCUCAAUCUCACGGGACCCAAUCAAAAACGGGCUCGCAGAUUCAAAAAUCAGAUACUUUGCGACCUGCACUUCGCCGACGUAGCACUGAUGGAGACGUCGGACUUUAUGCAGCAGCUGCGGGCCUUCAAGCCGCAGAGCCUGGGCUGCGCCGUGGCCCGGAGAAAGUCCUCGACCACACUGAUAUUCCCGUUGCCUCCUCAGGCCUGCUCAGACGAGUUCUGCCAGGAGUAUCCGCACAAUCUGCUGCCGACGCCGGGCUACUGGAUCGAGUGCUCGCGCCAGCACAUCACCACGGACGCGCUGCACGACGAGUCGGAGAGCGACCGCGAGAACAACACCGACGGCGAGCUCGGCGGCGGCGGAAGCGGCAGCGGCGGCGCCAAUGAUCAGCAGCAGGACCAGGAGCAGCAGCAGCAGAUCCUGCGCAGCCGCCACGAGCGCUACUGCCUGCUGGAGGAGAACGAGGGCCAGCUGGACGGCGAUGGCGAGCCGCCCAAGAGGAAGACCACCAUCGAGGAGCAGUGGGAGAAGAAUCUCGGCUUCGAGCUCACCAGCGUCGAGCAGGAGAUCUACGAGAAGUACUUUUAUGGAACCGAGCACUGGAAUUACUUCACCAACGACGAGGAUCUCGGGCCUGUGAUACUGAGCAUCAAGCAGGAGACGCUGAACUGUCGGGAUCAGUUUCGCAUUCUGGUCAGGGCGAUCAGUUACACGGUGCACGGAUUGAUACCCGCCAGCUGCGUCUUUGCCGAUAGAUACAAUCGCGAGGAGGUGGUGCGCAGCCUCGGCAAGGAGGUGAACAUCAAUCCGCCGCUGAUACUCGGCCAGCUGCCCGACACGCCCGAGGAGCUGCUCAAGCUCGACCAGGUCUUCAUCAAGUCCGAGCUCAAGGUGGGCGUGAUCUACGUCAAAGAGGGCCAGAAGGAGGAGGAGGAGAUACUCGACAAUAACGAGGAGUCGGCCCUGUUCGACGAGUUCCUGUCCAUACUCGGCGACAAGGUGCGCCUCAAGGGCCACGACAAGUACAAGGGCGGCCUCGACACCGUCCACGAUCUCACGGGCCUCUACUCGAUCUACACCAAUUGGCGCGGCAUCGAGAUCAUGUUUCACGUCUCCACCCUCCUGCCCUACGAGCGCCACGAUCCGCAGAAGCUGCAGCGCAAGCGUCACAUCGGCAACGACAUCGUCUGCGUGGUGUUCCUCGAGGCGGACAACACUCGCUUCUCCCCCGCCUGCAUCAAGUCGCACUUUCUGCACACGUUCAUACUGGUCCGGGUGAGUCCGCGCAUCAAGCGCAAGGUGACGCGCUACGAGGUCUCGGUGGUGACUCGCGACGAGGUGGGCGCCUACAAGCCCUACCUCUGGGAGCAGAGCGUCUUCGAGAAGGGCCCGAUGUUUCGCGAGUGGAUGCUCACGAAGAUCGUGAACGGCGAGCGCGCCUCGUACUCGGCGCCCAAGUUCGCGCGCAUGCAGGAGCGCACACGCAGCCAGAUGCUCGAGGACAUCGUGGCCAAUCUGCAGAAUCACGCGGAGACCGGACAGAUACCGAAGCCCUAUAGGCGCGGCUCGUGGCGGCCCAUCGGACACAUGAGGCCCUCGUCGCCGCUACUGGACUCGGUGCGCGACCAGUUCGAGGAUUACGACCAGCUGGCCAAGGACUUCACCCGGGUCUUCCUCAACAGCCCGGACAAUCUGGCCGUGAACGCCAAUCUGUUCGACGUGUCGUUCCUGGUGCCGGGCCAGGCCAAGCAGAAGGUGCGCUUCAUCGGUGUGCGCGCCAUACUCGGGGUUAGGAGCCGCGUCUUCCAGGAGAUGCUCUACGGCAUACAGACGGGCUUCGGCAGUCCGCAGGUGCCCGUGGCGGAGCUGCUGUCGAGGCCCGCACCGACCCUGCUCAGUCCCCAGAAGCCCAAGAGCUCGAACUUCCUGCAGGUGCCGGACGUCGAGAGCCCUAGGCCUAAAAGCGUGCCCUCGUCGCCGAUGGUGAAGCGGGCCUUCUCGCGCCUCGGCACCCUCACCGCGGGCUGGGGCCGCAGCAUACGCAAACACGGCACCCUGUCGAGCGAGGACCGCAAGAGGUGGGCCAGCUCCCAGGACUGCAGCAAUAAAGAAGCCAAGGAGAAGGAGAAGGCGUGCCUGGCCGUGCCGAGACUGAGCGUUUGCGCCGACGUGCAGAAAGUCGACAGGACGAAAUUGGCCCAAACGGAGUUCGAGAUCAUCGAGUUCGACCCGGAGACGUUCCGCAUCCUGCUCGACUAUCUGCACACGGGCUCGUGUCCGCUCACGUGCAGCAACAUACCGGGCCUGAUCUGCGCCGCCGAGCACUACGACCUGCCCGAGCUGCUGCAGGCCUGCUUCCAUCACGCCAAGCAGUUUCUGCGCAUCGAGAUCGUAUGCGUGAUGCUGUGCGCCCUCGAGAACUACUACUGGCGCUACACGUCGGCCAGCGAGCUCGUCAACAUGAUUCUGGCCUUCGUCGAGACCCGCGCCUUUCAGCUCUUUCAGAAUCCGGACUUUCUCAUGCUGAGCGAGUCCAUGGUGCAGACGAUCAUGAAUCGCGGGUUGGAGGUCGUCGAGAUCAAGAAGUUCGAGGCGAUGCUGAAGUGGGCCAAGCACCGGAUCAAGACCAAGAGCUCGGACAUCGACGCCAGCGUCGAGUUCAAGUGCAUCAUGGAGCGACUGAGCAGGGAUCUCAAGCUCUACAGGAUCACUCCGCAGGAGCUCAUCAAGAUCGUCCUGCCGUCGAAAUCGAUAAGGCACGAACGAAUACUCGAGACGUUGAUGUUCCAGGCGAACUCGGGCAUCUAUCGCAACGUCGACGACUACCUCGAGGCCUAUCAGAAUCGCGUGAAGAACCAGGAGAGCUUCGACGGUGGCUUCUGAAUCGAAUAAAUUCACAAUAAUAUGCACGGAAAAAUUGCAUAUAUUGUGAAUCACACAUACUUACUCCGUUCCUACGUCGAUUGCGAGAAUGAAUUAGAGAAAAAUGAAAUGAAAAAAAAACUUCCGAUAAAUAUUAUAUAUUGUAUACAUAAAGAAUGAAACGAGCGUAAGGGUAAAUUAAUAAUGUUGUGUAUAACGUGUACCGUACCGGAGGAUAAUAAAAUACAUAAGUGUCGAUAUAAUUGUCGAAACGAUCGACGUUUCGAUUGCGAGUGCAAUUUUAGUUUCUCUUCUUUUUUUCUUCUAUUUUUUGUUUGUUUGUUUGAGAUAUGCCAAUAUAUAAGUCUGAUGUACUGAUGAUAUAGAAACACUUGGCAACCAUUGUUUCUUCCUUUUUACCGGUGGAUGAAAAAAAACUGAUUUGUAAAUAAGAACACUGACUUGUGUAACAUAAUUAUCAUUACAAUAAUAAUAAUUGUUAUAUAUCGAGCGGAGGGGUGAAUGAGAAAAUAAAAAUAAAAGAAAAUAAUACAAAAGAUAUACUUUUCCAAAAAGUAAACGAGAGUCACGAAGAUAUCACGAUUGUAUGAGGCGAUAUUUAAUAGAGUAACGUAACAUUGUAUAACUUAGAUCGUAAGCCGAUAAAAUUUACUAUGUAUACAUUAACCGAUGUUUGGUCUGUCAAAAAGUACUGGUGUUCGAUUUUUUCCCCCCCUUAAACUUCGCGAUGAUUUUUUCCACAAUUGGAAAUUAAUAUACAACAGAAACAACAAAAAAAACCAUCAAAAAGUUCGAUUUUCAUCAGUAAAGUGGGAAGCUUUUUGAUAUAUAUUUAAUAUAACUUUCUUAAGCACGAGGAUGAAAGAAUUCGAGACAAAUUACAUAGAAUCGAUUUAGAAGCCAGUAUUUGUUGAUGAAGGCCAAGUUGUGACAAUCCGGGGCGUGAGAUUAUUUACAGAGGCAUUCCGAUGGAGAAAAAAAAAAUGUUAGAAAGAGAAUAACAAUACCUAGCGCGUACCGAAAUAAUUAUUUAUACAUCAAUAGUAUUAAAAGGAGUUAGAUGUUGAGUGUGAGAAUUAAGAUUUAAAAUGAAAAAAAAAAUGAUAAAAAAACAAAAAGUAUUCGAAAGUCGCUUCUGUUUUUCUAUCGUAGAUUUUGUAUCUUCAAUAUUUAAUUCUAAGACGAAUAUUCUAAAAAAAAUGACAGUACAUUAUUAUUAUCAAACUCAAACCUGUACGAGUGUUUGAGUGCUGGUUGAAUUCGGUUCCGAAAAACAAAAACUAUUGGGACCGAAGCGCCGAUUAUAACUGCGUGUGCGUGCGUAUGUGUGUGUGUGUUUGUGUGCUGUGGUGUCGUACCUGAUUGGACGAUACCAAGUAGAAUAAAAUACAAAAAUAUCGACUUACUUUUCGACGUAACGAGUAAAACGAAAAAAAAAAUUUAAUUUCAAAAACAAGGAGAGAUUAUAAUACGCUUAGUGAAAUCAAAGUAUAGCUUGUGGAUUGUUUGCCAAAAAAUAAUUUAAAAGAAAAAGAAUAAAAAUAAAAUAACUGUUGUGUGUCUUAACUGUUCAAAGCUGACCAUUGGAAUGAUCGCAGCCACAUUGUUUUGUUCAGAAAAGUAUAUUUUGAAGAGAGAGAGAAAAAAUAACGUUGAAAAUAAUAAAAUAGGAGUGCAGGCACUGCUAAUAAUUUCGUUUUAAUAGAUAAUACUCGAGACAAGAAAAAUAAUGAGUUGGUUUGGUCCAGCUUCUGCCGUCUAAUAUUGAGCUAAAUGAAUAAUUGUAUCAUAUGGUUGGAAAAAAAUUAUCGAUGAUGUAUCGAACCGAGUCUUUACGACGGACGAUCAAGUGCAAAUUGGCGUACAACCGUAUGAAGUAAAAAAUAAAAAUUAUAAAUAUAUCUGUAUCUCUGAACGAAAAAUGCGUGAGCAAGUGAAAAAAAUCAACCUAAUUCCACUCGAAAAAAGAGAAAAAAAAACACAACCUGUUAGUAUAACUACAUUAUCAUAGAGACCACAUUGUAAGGCUAGCAGCAAGUGUUGACAAGUUUUCCUUUUUCCCCCUUUUUACUGCGAAAACGAUUAUAUUAUUAUCGACUUUUAUAAACGAGCCUGACAAAAACGGUAGAAAAGCUACAUAAGGCUUCUGCGCGCGCGAAAUUUUCCAUUUUGAUUUUUGUGCUGUGUAACAGCUCUUGGGCGUACGUUUAUAUGUAAACACGCUGCAUAUCUCUCCAUGUAAUCGUACAACCGGGUACAAUGAUAAAAAAUUCAACAUAUCGUGAAUUUUUGAUUUUAGAUUAUACUCGAAUCGAUUUUACCUUAUUGUCUCUCGACAGCGCCCGUAAAAAGUCAGUCGCACAAUUUUUUAAGACAAAACGUUUUAUAUAACAAUAUCUCGUGCAUACGUUGUUCCGUUUCAGCACGACAAAUGCUGCUGCGCUUACCGUGGUUACUAACGAAUUAAAAAAAAAACAGAAUAAACAUAUGAAAAAA